CAAAUGAAAAGAAAACCAUUCACUUCUACUAUUCACGUUUUACUUUAUAUAUUUAUGUAUUUGUAUUUACUAGAUACAAAAGCUACAGCGUUUGAAUCACGCUGCACUACUGGAGCAAAUAACGUGCUCUUAUUCUGAAGAAAAACGAGGCGGACUUCUGAUCUUUUCCUAUUUCCGCUAUGACGUUUGAAACGUUAAUUUAAAAAUGGCGAUACACCUGCUGUUCCUGGUGUGAUCCCUCUUUCGAACUGCGUAGUACUCGUAGAAAUACACAACAGGCGUCAUUUAAUACUCUCAGGCUUCCCGUUCAUAAUGUCAACAGAAGAGCUUUAUGCUUCGGACAGCGAGGUCGCACUAGCCGGUGCUGGAGAGCGCUGGGCACCCGUGGGCGCCGUGGCGAGUUCAGAAGAUGAGAACCGCAGCCGCUGCGCUGAAAAUUCGCUUCACGGCUUCACGUUGGCCAGCGACGAGGAAAUGGCCGCCAGAUUGAGAAGGCUGGAAGAGGAGCAGGGUUUGCUGAACUCCUCUCUGCUCGCACUCACCUCUCACUUCGCACAGGUUCAAUUCCGACUCAAGCAGAUAGUUCACGCCCAGAGCGAGGAGAAGGAGAGGAUGUUGGCCGAGUUGGAAGAGUUCGCCUUCAAGGGCUGUCCUCAUGUUGUUGGUUGUCGGGCUCAGGACGCUAAACAGCUGGAGAACUCGACUGAGAGAGAGGAGAGGGAGUGCCUCGAGGCUUGGAGGGAAAAACAGAAAGAUCUCAUUUUCCAACUAAAGACCCAGCUGGAUGACCUAGAGCAAUUCGCCUACCAGGAGGGCAGCUAUGACUCGCUGCCACAAUCAGUUGUCCUGGAAAGACAGAAGGUUAUCAUUGAUGAGCUGAUUAAGAAGCUGGAUGUGAACCUGAAUGAAGACAUUGGAAAUCUGCCUCUAGAAGAGCUGAGGCAAAGAGUUGAUGCUGCCAUCGCACAGAUUGUUAACCCAGCCAGAGUUAAAGAGCAACUGGUUGAACAACUUAAAACCCAGAUUAGGGACCUGGAAAUGUUUAUCAACUUCAUCCAAGAUGAGAUGGGGAACCCUCUCUUGUUAGGGAGUGGACAAAACCAACAGAAUCCAACAGCGGGAAACAAUGCCAGAAUCCCAGGGGUAAAGAGACAAGUGGAUCCCCAACAAGCUAAGAAAAUUCAAGAGACUGGCCUGCAACUAAUCCAAAGAGCAAUCACUGUGCUCCAGAUUUUUGCUUCAAGCCAGUUUGGCUGUGCGACUGGACGUUUUCCCCCUAGUAUGUGGCCUGGGGAGCCCCCGGUACAGGACUAUGGCCCUCUGCUGCAACGUCUGGAGGCUGCAGUGAAGAAAGUGCGAUUGCUAGGUUCACAAAGUCAUGUCUUCGUUGAACACACUGUCAGCAACUCGAGCAUGGAGCCCAGAGAUGGGCUGACAAUGGUUGUUAGGAAAGAGCUAGCAAUUGCUAUAAAAGACUUAUUGGCUCAUGGCCUCUUCUUGCCCUCUCAAACCAUGAGCUUAAUGCUGGCUCCCAUUUCAUGCCUGCUGCCUUAUGUACCCAAACAACAAACUAUGCACCCAUGGGACCUCUUUCUCAAAUACUACAACUCCAAAAAUGGAAAGGCCUUUGUGGAAACACCAGCCCAGCAGCUUUCACAGUCCUUCAGGCUGCCCGUAGGGAGCAGCCAAGUGACCAUAACGCCAACACAAUCGCUACUGUGUGCUAUCCACACUGUGUUGAAGGAGCAUUGUCGUUACAAGCGAGGACCAGAUACAGCGUUUAAAGCAUUGGUUUGCAUUGCUCUGAAUGAGCAACGGCUGGUGUCCUGGCUCAACCUAUUGUGUAAGUCAGGAACUCUGAUCCAACUGCACUAUCAGCCCUGGAGCUACAUGGCCCAAACUGGCUUUGAAGGGGCCCUGCGCAUCCUGGGCCGUAUUAGUCACCUUCAUUUUAACCUCCCCGUUGACCUGGCUGUUCGACAGCUGAAAAAUAUCAAGGAUGCUUUUUGAGAAAGCAGCAA